CCUCGCCGUCUCGGCCGCGGCACGCUCGCCGCUCCCACGCCGAGCCGCGCCGCUGCGUCAUCCGUCGUCCCCUCGUGCUUGGCUUCGCGGCGAGGACCUGUUCGGCCGCCCCUAUCGACGCUUCGAGGCCGGCCCAUGGUGGGCUGAGCAGAGGCCAUAAAGGCAUCGGGAGGGUGGCGCUCAUCGCUCCUGCCCACCACCACAUUUCACCACCAUGUCGCUGCGCUCCCUCUCCCUCGCGCUCCUCGCCGCCGUGCCGCUGCUCAGCGGCGCCCAGGCCCAGCUGCAGCUCGACCCCGCCUCGCUGCAGCAGCUCAACAUCAGCACCGGCUGCCUGCAGGGCCUCGCCGGCCUCGUCUCGGCCGACCCGGGGCAGUGCCUCGGCAUCAACGACGCCCUGGCCAUCUUCGGCCCGCUGCUGCAGCAGCCGUCGAGCAGCGUCGUCGCGCCCCUCGACUCGUACCUCGAGCGCGACUUCUGCGGCAAGCCGGCGUGCCCCGAGAGCUUCUUCGAGCAGGCGCGCGGCGUGCUCGACGGCGAGUGCGCGCAGGACAUCCCGCAGGACGGCGCCCUCAACAUCGCAAACGCCGUGCAGUUCACCAUCGACAACUACGCCGAGAUCCGCUCGGCCAUGUGCCUCCAGGACGCCAGCACGGGCGACUUCUGCCUGACCGAGAUGCUCUCCACGCUGCAGGACGUCAUCGGGCGCAACGUCAGCGUGUCGACGGUCAUGUCGGCCAUCACGAACACGACGGCGCAGCAGGAGCUCAUCUCCUCGCUCGACGCGGGCAAGGAGCGUCUGUGCACCGACUGCACGCACGCCCUGUACACCGAGUUCUCCGCCCUCACCCUCUCGGCCGCCAACCUGACGCGCGCCGGCUUCCGCCGCAACAACACCGAGCUCGCCGAUGGUGUGUCGCAGGUGUGCGGCGCGGGCUUCCUGGACGGCAAGAUUCCCAGCAACGUGCGCAACGGCACCAGCGAGGCGCUCGCCAGCAACAACGGCACGAUCAGCGCGGACCAGACGACGCCGGCCAACUCGAGCAGCGCAUCCAGCAACGAGGCCACCAGCGCGGGCAACACGAGCGGCAGCAACCGCUCGGGCAACCCCGACGGCGCCCGUAGCCUCACCGUCGCGGCCUCGACGGCCGCCGGCGCUGCUCUGCUGGCUGCGGCCUUCGCCACGCUGCUCUGAGCGCCCGUGCUUCUGUGCGACCCUCCUAGCCUGACGCCGAGCGAUGCUUCGCUGGCUCGACUGCCGCCGGCGCUGCGCUCCUGGCUGCGGCCUUCGCCACGCUCGUGCGAGCGCCCGCCCUUCUUGACCCUACUACCCUGACGUGACGCCGAGCGAUGCUCCUGUCUGUACGCCG